CACCACUACCAGCCUUCGUUCACUCGGCUGCCCACAACAUGGCCGCUUGCGGAUCGACCUCCACGCUCGCUGUAGGAUAGCGGCGCGGAUGGCACGUCAUGACCUCGAAGCGAGGCGUCGGAGGGGCUGUGGACACGGCAGGCGCCCGGAAUAGAUCCAUCCUGCCUCUUCCAGAGGACGUGAUCGCCCAGGUCAAAUCGUCCACUACAAUAGUGUCCCUCACCGGAGUUGUUUCAGAGCUCCUGAAGAACGCACUAGAUGCCAAAGCCACAAAGAUUGAAGCUACCGUAGACUUCGCGCGGGGAGGAUGCUCUGUCGAAGACGACGGGCUGGGGAUACCCCCCGCUGAAUUCAGAGAAGAUGGCGGACUGGGGAAGCUCUACUGUACCUCCAAGUACUAUACCGAAGAAGCCUCCCUCGGCCGCAAUGGCACCUUCCUCGCCUCUCUCGCAGCUAUGUCUCUUCUAACCAUAGUCUCUCGGCACCACGAGCAUCGAUCGCACAACUUGAUAACGUUCCAUCACUCGAAGCCUGUGGGCCGAGAAUUGCCGGCGCCGCCCCAACAUGAGAUCCACGGGAGGCAUGGGACGCGGGUGACAGUGCGGAACCUGUUUGGUAACCUCCCCGUGAGAGUCAAGCAACGAGCAGUGGUUGCGGCACACAGGCCUGAGCAUGACCGGCUGUGGGACAUCCUGAAAAUGGAAGUGACCGGCGUCAUGCUUAGUUGGCGCAGCCACCUGUCGUUGAAGAUCCGGGAUGGGGACGGUAGAACGUCCCUUAGCUUCAACACGGCUCGUAACGCGGACUCCCCGCAGUCUCGCUCCGCAGAGCUACAGCGAAUGCUCAAUGUUUUGACCCAAGCCAACUACAUUUCCAUCGACGCAUGGUCGUCGUGGGUUCCAGUCUCCGCAUCUACCUCGACCAUAACUGUGAGGGGUGCCAUUUCCCUUGAACCUGCACCAAGCAAGCGUGUCCAGUUCAUAUCAUUCGGGAUUCGACCGUUGUUCGCUGAUGCAGGGCACAACGAGCUCUACAACGAAGUUAAUCGGAUAUUCGCUCUUUCCAGUUUUGGCACCAUUGAGGACGAUAUCGACGUGCCCGACAACGAGAAGACACGCUGCCAACGCGACAAGCGCUUCAACAGCGAUGGCUACACCAACAGACAGCUCAAGACACGGAAGGGGGUUGAUCGAUACCCGAUGUUCCAUUUACGGAUAUCGUUGAAAGAGGAUCACGAUGCUAAACGAACAGAAGAUCAGUUUAUUGAAGUCGAGAGUAACCUCCAGACGGUGCUGGAGGUGCUGACUGCCAUGGUCACGCAAUGGCUGUCAGCUCACCACUUCCGAACUCGCAAGCCUCGCUCCAGACACGCUCGACUAAACACUGCAUCCACAUCCGGCAGUCAUGAAGCUGUGGAGGGCACAUCGGGAUUGAAGUCUCAAGCACUAGUAAACCAUGCUGCAUUGCGUGCUGAAGGCGUUGCAUUCGACUCCCCUGCAUCGGCGUCAGCAAGCUUGGAGAGCCGGAAGAGGAAGGGAACAGGUCCAGCUGUAGCAGAAACUAUAUCCGAACGGAGCCAGCAUCGGCCUUUUGCUGAAUGGUCCCGGAUCAAGAGCGCUAGAGCUGAUUUCUUCGACAAUGCCAGUACCAGGCUGAAGGCGCGGGAUGGGGAGCCUUCAGGCCUGCCGUUAACCAAUCCGGUGGACGCUACCCCUAUGUCAACUGGGUCUGCUGGCCCUUCCGACGAGUUUGACCUUCCGCCCAUUAUGCCAGGCUCUCUGAACGCAGCCGUUCAUCUACAGGAUCACAACGGUAAUGGAGAUUACUCAUUGGACGACGACAAGUACGACAAAUCUAUAACUUGGACAGAUCCAUCAACCAACCAAAAUUUCCUUUUGAAUGCCCGUACUGGUUGUGUUCUACCGCAACUUCCAGCGAGACCCAGCACUGAGCCAUCCAUCUCUCGUCUACCAAGCACCCUUAGCGAAUUCAACAAGCCUAUGCGACUUCAACCCAAGCCAGUCACUGCCGGCGGAGAAACGGACUCUUGGCUGAAGGGAAUAUUACAGUCGUGGGACAAUCCGGUAUUCAAGCCCGUCGAGAAACGCAUCCGGGAGGUCACAUUGCACGAGCAUCACUCCGGGUGCGGAGACCACAAGAAUGGGAACCGCUUCGACUACUCGCAUAAUAGGCUCGACAAGGCACUGGGCAACCCAGCCGAGUUGAACGUCAGUAGACUAUCGAAAGCUGAGCUCAAAGGUGCACAAGUGCUAGCGCAGCUAGAUAAGAAGUUCAUUCUUGUGAAGAUGCGAAACUCCACAGAAGUGGGAUACGAGGGCGGGUCUAGGGCCGAAAUUCUGGCCUUAAUAGAUCAGCAUGCUGCGGAUGAGCGCAUCCGGGUAGAAGCACUCCUCGCCGAGUUCUGCGCUCCAUUACCACAGGCAUAUAACGACUCGGGAUACCGCUCGAAGCUCGGACAUCAGUCCAACGUCGCCUUCACCAUACUGGAGAAGCCGAUGCAAUUUACCAUUUCCUCUCAGGAACAUGCAUACUUUUCCGCGCAUGCUCCAAGGUUUGCGGCAUGGGGCAUCCUUCUGGACCUCUAUCCCCCGAAAACCUUCGUGACAAGGUCGGGGACGUCAGAAAGGCAACAAGCCGUCCUCUCAGUGGCGACUCUACCUCCGGCUGUAUCUGAACGUUGCAAGGCGGAUCCUCAACUGCUGAUAUCCCUUCUUCGCUCCGCCGUCUGGAAAUAUGUUGACGAUCCGCUUUUGGAAUCUCUCCGGAACGAUGCUUCGACCCGCUCUGCCGACGAAGAGUCUCCCCUCUGGGUCAGGCGACUCUCUACCUGCCCUGAGGGGCUUAUCGAUCUAGUCAAUUCCCGCGCUUGCCGAUCGGCAAUCAUGUUCAAUGAUGACUUGAGCUUGGAACAAUGCGAAGAGCUGGUGGCCAAGCUGUCGAGAUGCGUGUUCCCAUUCAUGUGUGCACAUGGGCGGCCGAGUAUGGUUCCUCUGGUAGACCUGGGCACUGCUGGAGUAGUGUGGAAUUCUCCAUUUGAUUCCAACACCUGCGAAAGCAGACAACAUGCAGAAAAUGGCUUCGUGUAUGCUUGGAAACAAUGGAGGCGGAGGUAAACUUGGCUUGUUAGUACUUUUACCAGCAUUGCGUAUGGCGUUUAGGCUGCGGCCUGGUUGGCUUUGAGAUACCCAAGACCAUAGAUUGGACAAGGGAAUAAGCAUGUGCGAACGCAAUGAGACCUGGGCAGCUAUAUGAUAGAGCAGCUAGGUCAAUUUAAC